AUGAAGCAAAAGCCUGUUUCUACUAAUCCUAGUUUCGCUUUAUGUGAUUUCUCAUCUAAGUUCCACCUUAAGUCACAUCCCUUCCAGGAUGUAUCACAGGUCCCUUUCUACCAGAUUCUCUCCCUAUGCCCAUCUCAUCCUAUCUAUCUAAACCUAAAUGCCGCUUCCUCCAUAGAUCAUCCGGGCCAAGAGCGGCGUGAAGAGGCCCUAGCUUCAAAUCUAUCUUGGGGAGAAUACCAAAUGCUGCAAGCGGAACGCACAAUACUAGCCAAAACACACGCCACUGAGAAUGUGUUGGACAAAGACAAUCUCGUGGUAAGUACCUUGCAAAAUCCGCAGCCUGUGCUCCGAACAUAUUUCACUCAGGCGUUCCUUUCGGAGUUAUUCCAUUUGGACAAUAUACCUCUGGUCGACUCUUCGGCCUUGGAUUUUGGAGGCCAUACUGAAAAUCUUCCAAUGCUGGUAGCUUCGCGCAAAGACUACGACACGAAAUCCUCACCACUGAUUCUGAAGCCUCUAAACCGUCCAUUUUGUGGCGAGAUUCCGAAGAAGUAG